AUGGCCGGCCGCCGUCUGACCAGUCCUGAUUUGACUCCGCCCAACUCCCCGCGUGUUGCCGCUGCCGCGGGCUCCGCCGCGCGCCGGCCGCCACCACGGGCUCUGCCCACUGGGGCGAGCUCCGCCCCCCGCCGGCCGCCGCCGCGACCUCCGCCCAUCCCCGCGUGCUGCCGCCGCCACGGGCUCCGCCCCCCGGGGGGGUGCUCCGCCACGCGCCGGCCGCCGCCACAGGCUCUGCCCCCAGGGCGAAUUCCGCCCCCCCCGCUGGUCGCAGCCGCGACCUCUGCUCACCGAGGCGAGCUCCUCCGCGCGCCGGCCUCCGCCGCGCGCUGGCCGCCGCCGCGGGCUCCGCCCCUAGAGGCGAGCUCCGCCACACGCCGGCCGCCACCGCAGGCUGCGCCCCCCGAGGCGAGCUUCGCCGUGCCUGCGCUGCCGGUGCAGGGUCCGCCCGAGUGCGAGCUGCCAAGGGGCUGCGCUUUGGCCGACGUGGAGCGAAGGAGCUCCGCCGGCACACGGGAGGAGAGACGAUGCUGA